UUAAAGGAUAGAGGCUUAGGAGACCUCACGUUAGAUUGACUACAAAUGUGUCAUUAGAGAGGGGGCAACCCAACAAAUGUUUAUUUGCAUUUGAUAUCUUUUUAAAUACUUUUUUUGUGGUCCGAAUUGGUGACCAUUUGAGCACGAGCUAGAUUUGAGAUAAACACGCAUUUUUUUGUAAGACCAGAAAAGAACCCACGUUAGCCUCCUUACUCUUCAGUUUCUUUUUGGAGGCACCAAAAUUACAAGACUUUUUUCCUCUUUACGUGUGAUUUUUUAAAAUUACUUUUCAUUAACAGCUCCACAUUUGUCAAGAUGAAGGACAGACUUGCCCAGCUUAAGGAGACUAGUGAUGGUGGAGGGGAUGAUAUUGAGGUUCCUAUGGAGAAUGAAGCUUUUAUGGAUGAUUUCUUUGCUCAGAUUGAAGAUAUCCGCUCCAGUAUUGACAAGAUUGAUGAGAGUAUAACGGAAAUCAAAAAACUGUACUCCACCAUCUUGUCCGCCCCCACAUCUGACCAGAAAACACAGGACGACGUUGAAGCUGUCACCAAUGACAUUAAGAAGUCAGCCAACAAUGCAAGAAACAAACUGAAAAACAUUGAACGUCAGCUUGAAACAAAGACAGAUGAGAGAGCCUCAGCUGACCUCAGGAUAAAAAAAUCACAGCAUGCCAUCUUGGCCAAGAAGUUCGUAGAGGUGAUGACAAAAUACAACGAGGCACAAGUUGACUUCAGAGACAAGAGUAAAGGACGUAUUGCACGACAGCUGGAGAUCACUGGCAAAGCAACGACUGAUGAUGAACUAGAAGAGAUGCUAGAGGGAGGAAACUCUGCUGUCUUCACUGCUGGGAUUAUGGAUUCCAAAAUAAACCAGCAGGCCCUGAAUGAAAUCGAGGCUCGGCACAAAGAUAUCAUGAGGUUGGAGAGCAGCAUCAAAGAACUCCAUGACAUGUUUGUUGAUAUCGCCAUGUUGGUUGAGAACCAGGGUGGGAUGAUUGACAGAAUUGAGAGCAACAUGGACCAGUCGGUGGGUUUUGUAGAAAGAGCUGUGGCUGACACAAAAAAAGCAGCCAAGUUCCAGCAGGAGGCACGCAGGAAACAAAUGAUGAUCUUCUGUUGCUGUGUGAUACUGGCCCUGAUCCUUGGUUUAUUUAUCUACAGUUUUAUAAAAUAGACACUGUGCGUAUGUCCUCCGACUGGUUCAGUCGGGACAACAAAGGAAGAAUGACAAGCUAAACAUGUAAAAACCAUCAGCCUUGAUAACUGUCAAAUAUUAAUAAAGAAAAUGUAUUAUUAAUGUCCACGAAAGGUUAAAAAAAAAAAAGCCUCUGCUUGGACUUGCACUGUUAUCUUCAUUUUAAUUUAGAUUAAUUAGUUCAAACAUAUCUGCCACUAACUUAAACAUGUGCAGAACACUUAACACUUAACAAACAACUGAAAGUAGAUGAAGAGUACAUGUUCAUCAACACAACAUACGCUGUUUUUCAUGAACCUAAUUAACAUGAAUACAGUCAAUUGCGAUCUCAGAUCACACGCGAUUGGUGACAAACGAGUAAUUGAGACGCCCAGAAAAAUAUCUAACACAAACCAACAGGAUUCCACCAAACCAAAUGCUUCCCAAACGCCAAUAAUAACACGAAAAGUAAGACGUGGACAUGCGGGUGUCGAAAUAAACGCUUACACACUAACAUACAUGCAAAACAGUACUAUUGUGUACCAAUUUAUAACCCGCAAAGCAUGCCGGGUAACUCUCAGGGCACAGACGUUGUGCCUCUCAUCCGAGCAGGCUUCAUCAGUUCAUGCUUACAGACUAGAUAGGACAGCUCUUAUCCUAUCUAUCUGAUGACGCCUCGGACGAAGUGCGAAACGUGUUUUAAGAAAACCUCAACAGUCCAGUUGAGACCGAUUUGAUGCCCUGAGGAAUACAACGACCGGGAUAAAUUUGAAUAUUUAAAGGCAUGCUGGGUAACUUCCUGUCGGGGACGUGUGAGCGUGGGCUUCUCAGUGUGCCUUGCGGGUUAUACUGUAAAUACGUGUGAAAUAGUAUUGUGUUGCAUGUAGUGUAUAUUAGUGAGUACGUGUCUCUUUAGAUACGUGCACAUCGUGUGAGUAAAGGUGUGAAUAUCAACCUGAUUCACUGCAUGUAAAGAACACCUCCUCAAGCAAGAUGAAGUUUGCCUCCGACUACUUUCCGUGCAACUCAAGCUCUGAUUAAUGCAUUUCCGACCAGUAAACGACCUCAUUAUGGAGCUUAGAAGCACAAAAUGGCGGAUACUGAAUGGCAAAUAUGCGUGAAUCCACUGCAUACAGUGGGCAAAAUAUGUGUUUGAGCCGCGGCUGAUUUUGUAAGUUCUGUUUUUUGUGUUUUUGGAGGUUAUUGGUUUGUGUACUUCUUAUUUUGGCAAUACGUCUGUUGUGUCCACUAGACAACCUGGAUUCCGGCGAGGGGCGGCACCGGGAGGCACACUUGUUACGUCAUCAGGCUUUUUAAGUCACUACAGGAGGACGUGGGUUCAUUGCCCCACGUUACGCACAUUAUCUUCCUUUCCCAUGCUUUUUACUGAGAUUCUCAUUCGUAGCACACUGUCUGAUAAUCCUGAUUCCCGUCAAGUCAUCCUCUUGGUGCCGUCCCGGUUGCCAUCAGGUAUUAUACCUUACUGUUGUGGAAUGUUUUUGCUACGCCUUUUGUUUUGACUAGUUUAGAGGGAUUUUUUUUGGUCUCACCUUCUCCCUGUGAACCCCUACUUUUGUGCUUAAUAAAACACAAUUUUGUUAUCCACUCUGCUUCUUGGGUGCCUACAUUUAUGCUGUGUAACAGUUACCCCCUGACAAAGACAGUCCAUCAUUUUGAUGGUAGAUUUAUUUUAACGGAGAGAGAUAGAAUGGG